AUCCCUCCCCCUCCCCUACCCCUAAAUCCCUCCCCUUCCUCCCCCUUAUCUCACUCCUCCACCAACAUGGCCGCCGCUCAAAUCCCCCCUAAAGGAGUCUUGGUGAAACCCAAGAGUCAAUCAAAAUCUGGACUCCUGCCCCUAAAGAAGCCCCUCCUCCUCCCCCCCAGCACUGGUCCCGCCUCCAAGCCCAGCGGCAUCAGCUAUAGGCUGUCACGCCCGUCGCUCAUCAAGCAGUCCCGCCCCCUCAGAGUCACCACAGCCAAUGGGAGCGGACAGGAAGUGAACCGAGGACCGACGGCUAGAAGGAACUCCGUGGAGACACCGUCGACUACAGAGAACAGCCCAGAAAGCCCCCCGGAGGCUCCGGAGAGGGGGCUUUCGGCAGCGAUGGUAGUCCAGAGAGAGGUGUCGAUUCUGGGGGAGACGCUGGAGGACAUGAGCCUCUCCUCCAACUCGUCUCUGGAUAGAAACGACACGAGUCAGGAAUACAUGGACGACUUCGACAACCUCGGAAACGGAGGGAUGGGAAUACUUCUUCUCUCCUCCAAAAACGACGAGGACGACUCGGGGCUCGACCAAUCGUGUGCCAGGUUCAAUGAAGAAGACAAGAUGGCCGUCGGCGGCGUCUCGAAGGCAGGUCUUUGCUUCCUGGACGACGGCGUGGACUGGUGCGCCGAAAACCGUCUCAUCAGACUCCCUCACCGCAGGAGGUCCAAUCAGCAGGAGGACCACGAGCAGGUACCGGCACUUUAAAUUAAUUUGAGAGAAAGAAAGUGGACAUUUUCAGAGAUUUUAGCCGUACAUCGACGAGAAAAUAAUAUAUAUUGAUGGCAGACAGGUGAGUUUAAGUAGAAGAUAAGAGUCGUGCUGGUAUGAUGUAAUCCAACAAAUAUUAUAAAUAUGCAACGACUCAGUUUAACCCCACCCUCAGAAACACCUCUAUCUCACUGUGAAGCAUUUUAUAACUUCCUUUCAGACACGUUUCACAUUUUUCACACCAGUGGGCCUCUCUGUGUAUCUCCUGUAUGGAUUAUGAGUGGAAUCCUUCAGAAUAAAAGCCUCUCUGUGUAUCUCCUGGAUGGAUUAUGAGUGGAAUCCUUCAGAAUAAAAUCCUCCAUGGAUGUAUCUGCUUCAGAAUACACUGAUAUAUGCUAAAUGCAAUGU